AGUAGCGCGGGUUUAACCGAGGGCAGUUGCGAAUGGUCUCUUGCCAACAUGGCGCUCAACCUGCCUAUAUCGAGAUCCACACUUACCUCCUAUAUUAGUGUACCUAGGUACUAAUAUAAAGCAUCUAUCUUCUCCAGCUUCAUUCUAUCAAGUGUGGUUUUUCUCUCAUGCAUGCCUUGACUCAACUGAUUUGACGUCUCAUAUUAUUAUCUUCCUGUUUUCCGUCUCACCAAAAUUCCUUGUACCCAUUUGAUACGGUUCUCCUUAACUACCUACCUGGUACUUGACUUAUCCCUUUAACUCGUUUGCAAAAUACUCUCGAUUAUUUCUAUCAAGUUCAGCUUGAGUUAAGCAAAAUGACCGUCGCAGACCUUCCCAGGCUGCCCGUGGCACAUGACGAGUUAAUAAACUACAUCGCUCACCUUCCCAAGAUUCCAAUGAGCGAGUUGAUGGAUCCUUAUCGCAAAUAUGAAGCCCAACUACGUGAGAUGUACGCUCAGCAACGCAACAAUCCCGUCUUAGAUGACCCCUAUAUCAACGUCCUACCCCUUUUCACUAAGGAUACCCCAAAUAUCAGGACUCGUGCUCGUAACCUCGAAGCAGAAUCGCCCAGUGAAAAGGAGAAGUACAUCAUGUCUCUUCCCGAUGAUAAACGGCGCCCGAACGACUCGCCCGCCGUCGUUUCUUCUCUCAAGCAGUUUCGUCACAACUUCGGCGUCUUCUCCGAAACAUCGCUUGUUGAAAUGGACUGGAGUAAUGUUGUGGCUGCUGGUUCAUCCGUCGUCAACUGUCUUCUACCCGUUCCUGAUCAAUACAAGAAGUCCAAGAGGGCUCUUCGCAAUUACUACCACGAAAAGUUUAGUCCGGCUUCCGACGUUGACUUAUUCUUGUACGGUCUCAACGAAGAGCAGGCCAUUGAAAAGAUCAAAGAAAUUGAAGCUCGGAUUCGUGAUGCGAUCCUAUCAGAAGUAACAGUGGUCCGAACAAAGAAUGCCAUCACGAUUUGCAGCCAAUAUCCCACUCGUCAUGUUCAGAUUGUUCUCCGAGUUUAUAAAUCAGUCUCUGAAAUCUUAACUGGAUUCGAUAUUGAUUGUUCUGGUGCUGCUUAUGAUGGAAAUCAAGUCUACUGCACUCCGCGAGCAUUGGCUUCCUAUAUCACCCAGAUCAAUCCCAUUGAUCUUACUCGAAGGAGUCCUUCGUAUGAGAAUCGUCUUUCGAAGUAUAGUCACCGCAACUUCGAAGUUUAUUGGCCGGAACUUGAUCGAUCUCGCAUUGAUCCUACCAUCUUCGAACGUAGCUUCCACAGGACUCUUGGACUUGCUCGCUUGCUCGUCCUUGAACGUCUUCCCACUACGAAUGCUAGAGAUGAAUAUCUCAAGAAGCGACGACAGGAACGUGGGAGGCCAGAAGCGGGCAACCGUUUUCAGUAUCGCCUCCACGGAAAUAUCAAAGACAUCCAUGAGGAUGAAGUGGCAGAUUGGGUCGACGAGAGCGAAGUCUCGAACUACCAUACCUUCAGUGUUCCCUAUGGUGAAAAGUUUCACGCGAAGAAAAUCGAAAAGCUUUGCUAUACGAAAGACUUGCUUUUGAAUGCCGAAUGGAACCAACCUAAGGAGAGGGAAGUCUACUUACACAGACACCCUGCUUUCUUCGGACGAGUCGAUGAUGUCAUCGGUGAUUGCUGUGGCACCUGCCCAAAGCCACAAACCCCCGAAGAGAUCGAAAUAGCUGAGAAAGAGAGUGAGAUCUAUGUAUCAGGGAAAGUUUCCUUUCGCAUUGAUGACCCGGGAAGACAGCAAAUUGGUUCGUUCAAUCCUCUCACAAAUGAUGACUGGACUGAGAUGGCAUACGUUGGGAACACUGCUCGCCUCUGUCAGGCCAUCGUCGACGGCGAUGUCGAGCAUGUCGAAGAUUGGCUUUCGCAGGAAGGUGCAGAUCCUAACACGAGGGAUUAUACGGGCAGAACCCCUCUGCAUCUCGCCGUCAUCAGCUCGACAUCUCAGGUCGUCCAGCGCCUAAUUGAUCACGAUGCACGCCUUGUUGCUCGCCUAGCCGAUGGCAGAACUGCACUUCACUUGGCUGCAGCACUCGGUGAUAUCGAUAUGGUCAUGCAUCUGCUUGAGAGAAGUAAUUUGAAUGAGGAAGAGGAAGAAGAGAGACAGGACCAGCGCCGCAAAGCUCGGUUCACGGCAGACAAAAGUAGUCAAGUCGACAAACCUGACAAGCCCCCUACUUCUCAGUCCCCCGAUGAAUCUGAUGGCGAAGAUUCGGAAGCAGACCUCCUUAGCGAUGCUUCGUCCGCGGAUGGCAAUGAUGCGAUAUCUAUUGCUACUGGGUCGUUUGUCAAAGUCGGCAAGGACGGUGAAACCGAGGAGAAGGAGGCGGCGAUCCUCGAUGAGGAUCCAAGCGAGCCGGACUUUUAUCAAGUCGACGCUGUUGCGUGGGAUUCUAAAUGCAGCGCUCUUCACUAUGCUAUCAUUGGUGGCCACUGCGACAUUGUCGAGCUCCUUUGUCAAGAGUAUGGUGCUGAUGUGCUAUCACCUGUUAAGAUCGGCGAUGGAUCAUAUUCUAGCCCUAAUAUGGCGAUCUUGACAAUGGUCUUGGCCCUUGCUCUCCCUGUCGAGAAAGCCCUGCCCAUGGUGGAGACAUUACUGAGCUUAGGCGCUACUUCUUCGCAGGCUGACACGAAAGGCGUGACUGCGUUUCACCAAUACAUUCGAAGUGGUCCAUCCAAGCUUGUUGAGUGUCUAUGGGAUAAGGACAAAAUCGGUCUCCAGGCAGCUCUUAAUCAUGUAUCCGUCACUGGUUCAUGCUACAAUGGCAAUGCUACAACCCCGUUGUCGACGGCCAUCGACAGAGGCGAUCCAAUACUCAUCCACAAGCUACUUGAGGCGGGAGCGAAGCCCCAGAUUGAUUUUGACUCAUGGUUAAAGGGCGCCAAGUUCACAUUCGAAAAUGAGCUCCGCGACUACGAGAACAACGUCAUACGCUACAAAGACGCUACCGAGCAGCCUUUGAUAGUAGCUAUAAAGUCAUCGCAUCCUUCCAUUGCUAUCGAAUUGUUGGAGAAAGGAGCCGACCCCAACACACUGACCCGGGCGAGCCACAAUAUCAUUCGAAACGACUGGUCUCGAAGAUAUCAUAAGGGCCGGUCUGCCCUUGACGUCGUCCAUGACUUGCUCAAAGAAUACCGCGAAUUUAAGGAUGAUUUGACCGGAACACCCCGACCCUGGCGGAAGCCAGGGUUCUAUGCUCCUAAGAAGGGCACUUAUCUAGAAUGUCCAGUGGAGCCCAUUGGGACGACAGAAUUCCUAUCAAACUUCGCUGAGGGUACUUACGAACACUGGCUUGUUUCCACUGAUAUCGUGGAACAGAUAGGCGGUUACAAAAAGCAGUUGGAAAGGUUUGAGAAAGAGCGAGCUGAGUCCAUCGGUGAGGGAGAACUGACAGAGAAGGUCGAAGCCACCCAAGACCUCAUCUCGCAACUUGAAAGAGUGCUAGAAACUCUCGUAUCUCAAGGCGGGAAAACUUUUAAGGAACAGUACCCUAGUAUACCAGAGCCUCCUUUUGAUAUUAAUGCGAAAGACUCGUCCGAAAACCGCUCUUUAUCGCCAUACACCCUCGAAUUCAAAUUUACUAAUGUCACAGACGUCACCGAUGCACGAAAGGAUGCGUACAUUAAGCUCUUUGAAGCGGCAUGGAUAGGCGACCUCGAGGUGAUCAAAUCACUCACCCUAGCUUCAUGGGAUGCAGACGGACAAGAAUCACCUCUUAAGGUGGCGGUCUCCGACAUAAAAGGCAAUAACCCAUUCUCACUUGCAUUUCUCCGCGGUCACUAUGAGGUAUCGAAAGCAAUUUUGGAGAUUGCGCAAGCCCAGUGGGCACCAAAGUCAGGUCAGACAACACGCUUCACAAUGAAGAAGGACGACUAUGACGAUGGGGAAUAUUGUUCCGGCGGGGAUGAGCCUGAUGAUGGUGAUGAAAUUGGAGUAUACAAGAAGGUCAUUAAUGACCAACUCACAAUCGAUAAUAUCGGCCAAGUCUCUACGCAAGUUAAGAGCCAAGUUCUUGCCAGUGCGCUCCUGGAUUGGAUGGUACCAACGUUCGUGGUUCGUGAUGGCUCACUCGAAGCAAGGCAGAAAGAGAGUCUUCUCCAAUUUGUCAUAUCCGAAAAUGACAUUAAAGGGUUCGACUUCUUGAUCAAUUUGCAUAUUCACUUCGCUCGAGAAGAGCCUAUCGAGGAUGGCGAAGACGAGUCGAGUAGAUUUUAUACGCUUCCUCAGCUCUACUUCGAUCACGCUCUGAAGCUUGGCCGCACAGAGAUGCUCGCUAGUGUUAUUCGGCAAGUCGGUGCUGGAAUUCCCAUCGAAGACUUGGUGAAGAAGAGUGGCACGAAACUUAACUUGAAACCUCGCUACUAUCAGGGAUUGAGCGUCUAUGGAAAGAAAAGGGCAGAUUGGGCCAAGGCCGGCCGUAAUCUCGUAGUCAAAACUACCGGAAGCAAGAUCCCACCAUUGCUCUCGGCUGCUCUCCAAGGCUCUUUGGAAUCUAUUGAAUGGUUUAUUAGCGACAUACCAAUGCGGCACUAUGCGGAAUUUGGAAAAUCUAAGGUCGCUCAGGAGGAUAUUCGCUUGAAACACCUGACCGAGGCGUCUGGUGGAUUUGACCAAGCGAUUUCUAAAUGGCUUGGUGUCCAAAAUGAUCUUGCCAUCCACUGCGCAGUGAUGGGACCAAGGGGAGAGAAGACUAACAAACUCAUCGAAUACCUUAUCAAGGUUUGCCCGUCGUCUUUUGAAGCAAAGUCAGAUGAAGGAUACACCCCUCUAUAUCUAGCUUGCUUGCUCGGAAGGGUUGAGUUUGCAAAGAUACUUAUCAAUGCGGGAGCCGACCAAUCCGUGAAGGAUAAGGAACUCAACAAUGUCAUCCACGCUGCCUUAACGAAUAAUCCCAAGGUUGAGCAACUUCAACAGCUUUUGAAUCUUCUAGACAAGGAUCUAAGGUCUCAUAUGUUUGUCCAACGAAAUAAUCUGACCCGCGGCGGUGAUGCUCCUCUCCACUUUUGGCUCAAGGAAGCCAAUCCGCUCCGACACACUUGGAAGUACGUCCAAGGCAACAGCGACUCUCACCUCGAGCUUCAGGACGAGAACACUGCAAAUCUCAAGAUUCUUCAAGUCCUCCUAGAGCUCUCCGGUGGUGCAGAGCUCGAGAUGCUCAACGGCGCUGGUGAUACAAUUCUCCACACCGCAGUACUCCGUCAUCUUCCGGCACACAUCCGGGUGCUUCUCGCUCGAAAUACCAAUCUACUUUAUCACGAGAACGCAGUUGGCCGAACUCCUAGCGAAGUAGCCUACGAUAUUUUCAUUAGCGCAAAGGUAGAGGAGCUAGAGCCCGUCGCGGUUGAUGUUCAUUACGGGAAUGAGAACAUCAAGAUUGCGCUAAAAAAGAAGUGUGCCUCUAAGGAUAAAGAACCCAAAGACUCGAUUGGAAAGUGUCGCAAAGAGCGCACUUGGCGAAUUAUCGAGGAACAGCUCGGAAAGGUCGAGGGCAAGCGCCGACUAGUCAGCCUGAACGAGGCAAACGACGUGGCGAAGCGGCUAGGCGAGAGCUACUCCUGGCAGCGAUACUUCCAGAAGCGCACAGCAGUCGAUGAGGAGCAAGAGGAGGAGCAGCGAGAAAAGGAGGAGGUUAAGGAGGUCGACUUCGUCACGACUGAGUAUAAGACCUGCCGUAGCACGGCGUGGAAGGAUGACUAGGACAAGGACGGACAGCGUGGCUGGUUUCCCAACGGACCUCCACUAUUAUUGUGAGAGAUGUUAUGUGUGAUUUUAUAAGGGGCGCUGUGAAUUGUGGAGGUUGCCCUAGAAAUACCAAGAAGGAAUCGUCGGAGCAACUAAAUGGGGAGAUCCAGAUGAAUAAUGAUCUUACGCUUUCUCAAGAGGUAUAGUUGACUUUAGAUAUUUGCUGAGAGGGAAUCAAGUAGCUAAGCUAUGAAAUUCAAGCUGAUAACUACUUAGAGAUGUAUCGAUCCAGAUUCCAAAUCCCUCUUAUUGUAUCGCAAUCGCUUUUGACCAUUCUUGGAAUAACGCGACUUGUGGGCACGCUAUACACAAACCGGUAUUCUACAUAAAUUUCCUUGAGCUACUUAUCACUCACC